GAAAGAGUGAGUAUGGCUGUGAUUCUACUCAACUGUAUCACCCUUGGGAUGUACCAGCCUUGUGAAGACAAAGUCUGCUCAACCAUACGAUGUCAUGUUCUGGCUAAUUUUGACCAUUUCAUUUUUGCUUUCUUUGCUGUUGAAAUGAUUAUCAAGAUGAUUGGCAUGGGAAUUUAUGGAAAAACAACAUAUUUGGAUGAUUCUUGGAAUAAACUGGAUUGCUUCAUAGUGAUAGCUGGUGCUGUUGAGUAUGGUGUUGAUAGUGAAAACCUCAGUCUUUCAGCAAUACGAACUAUCAGAGUGUUACGGCCUCUAAGGGCUAUAAAUAGAAUUCCAAGUAUGAGAAUUUUAGUGAUGUUGUUACUGGACACACUACCAAUGUUAGGCAAUGUGUUAUUGUUGUGUUUUUUUGUCUUUUUUAUCUUCGGAAUUAUUGGUGUACAAUUGUGGGCUGGUGUCCUACGUAACAGAUGUUUCCUUAAUCUUAGUGAAAAUAUUUCCUAUGCACAAGCAAAUUUAAGUCCUUAUUAUAUUCCAAAGAAACUCCUUAAUGUUCAUUAUGACUAUAUAUGCAGUAAACCAGGAGAAUCGGGAAUGAGGACGUGUGACAAUUUUCCGCUCUAUCAGUACGAGGGAAUAGGGUGUAAUGGAACUGCUAAAAUGUACAGCAAUAAUACGCCCACAAAUAAUUCUUGUGUAAAUUGGAAUCAGUAUUACACCUAUUGUACUGCAGGGGAUAAAAACCCCUUUCAGGGUGCUAUUUCAUUUGACAAUAUAGGAUUAGCUUGGGUAGCUAUAUUCCAAGUAAUUAGUUUAGAAAGUUGGGUGAAUAUUAUGUAUUAUGUACAGGAUGCUCAUUCUUUUUGGGACUGGUCUUAUUUUGUAGCUUUAAUUGUGAUUGGUUCUUUUUUUAUGAUUAAUUUAUGCCUAGUUGUGAUAGCGACCCAAUUCUCAGAGACUAAGAAACGAGAAACUGAACGAAUGAUGCAGGAGCGAAAACGUUUUCAGUCCUCAAGUACUUUGGCCAGUAAUUCGGAACCUGGUGGUUGUUAUGCAGAAAUAUUAAAAUAUGUUGCACAUUUAGGGCGAAGAGCGAAACGGAAAAUCUUAAAAAUGUAUUACGAUGCAAGAGGAAAGACUCAUCCACGACAUAAAAUAAAACCUCAGUUAGCAUUAGGGAAACGAAAACAAAGCAAAGGUAGUGAUACUGCACAGAGUCAUGCUUGUAAUAGUUGUUCACACAGAUUUAACUAUUUUUAUCAGUUUGUUAACAAUCAGACAGACCCACAUAUAAGUCGUCGCAACAGUAGUCCUAUAGCUCCCCGCGCAUCACCUGAGAUGAGUGACCUUGACUCUAUAUCAUCACCGCGUUGUACUAACUUUCUAACAGUGCCAGGCUUUAACAGCAUGAAUCCCUCGUCUGAAUCUAUUAACACGCUAGCUUUUACUGCCACUGACACGCUAUCACCUCCAUUGCUCAAACCUCGUAUAUCAUCGCCAAAUCAUUUAGCACCGCCGCAUGGCAGCAUUAGUAGAACUCCCUCGCUAAAUAGUGAAUGUAGUAAGAAAUUACCAUGUGUGCCUGAGUUACUAGUUAUACGUACCCCUAGGACUACACCAAUGCACCAGUCUCAUAGUCCAAGUAACACCAAGAAUCAUAAUAAUCACACUUAUAAGGGUAUUCCAGAAGAUCUCCUAGACGUAAUUGGAGACAAACAGAUCUGUUACCUAGUGAAUGAUUACGAUAAACAAUGUAAUCAUACAUGUAAUCAUGUUUCUCAUGAUGUCUCUGAUAAUGAGAACCAUAAGGAGAAAGAUUCUGAGAUUGAAAUCAAAGAUAAAAAGGGCAAGCAUCAUAAAAACUGUGUCUCAGACAAAAUGGAGAAAUUUGUAGAACACAAGUUAUUCCGCUGGGGGAUAUUAGGAGCUAUAGUAAUCAACACAGCCAGUAUGGGAAUAGAGCAUCACCACCAGCCUAUUGAGUUGACAGAAGCCUUAGAAUACAGUAAUAUCGUGUUUUGUACUUUGUUUGCACUUGAAAUGGUCUUGAAAUUAAUAGCAUACGGACCUUUUGGUUAUAUCAAAAAUGGUUUUAAUGUAUUUGAUGGAUUUAUUGUGAUAUUAAGUAUGGUAGAAUUAUUGCAACAAGAUGGAGAUAGUGGGCUGUCUGUUCUACGAACUUUCCGUCUGCUUAGAAUUCUAAAAUUAGUUCGCUUCCUGCCAGCCCUAAGACGACAGUUAGUGGUCAUGCUCAGAACCAUGGAUAAUGUAGCCACAUUUUUUGCUCUUCUUCUUUUGUUUAUGUUUAUCUUCAGUGUCCUGGGCAUGAAUUUAUUUGGUGGAAAAUUUUGUUGGCGGGAAGAUAGUAGUCCAUGCUUCUGUGAAGACAUAGACGAUUAUAAUUCUACAAAUUCCUGUAUUUGUGACCGAGCCAAUUUUAAUUCCUUGCUGUGGUCACUUGUAACAGUGUUCCAGGUUCUAACUCAAGAGGAUUGGAAUACAGUCCUUUACAAUGGUAUGGAAACAACAUCAGCAUGGGCUUCACUUUACUUCAUCGCUUUGAUGACCUUUGGGAACUAUGUUCUGUUUAACCUCUUAGUAGCCAUUCUGGUGGAAGGAUUUUCACAUGAGGAGGAAGAAAAGAAGAAAAUGAAAGAACAACGUCAGAAAGAAAUAGAAGCAUUCCUUGCCGAGACCAACAACAACGAGGAGAAAAAUCAGACUAUUAAAAUCAAGGCAGUUGAUAUUGCCCAGAUCAAAAUUAAUAAUAAAGAAAAAGAGAAAAUGUUAGCUUUGUGUCCAGUGACAGUUAUAAAGGAGGACAAUGCCAACAGGACUGGUCAGGCCCCUGAUAUCGCCCCACCUAUCAUCACACAUACAGCAGCCACACCCAUGCCCACACCCCAGGGAUCACCCAACGAAAAUCCUAACAAAGAUUACAACAAAGUGACAUUAUGUGUUCACCCGCAGGUUCAGAUGGACACUUUGUCUGUACAUUCAUCAUCUACUUCCAAUGCUAGCUUAAGAUCAUCACCCCGUCUUUCACCAAGAGCUUCACCCCGUCCUUCACCAAGACCCUCACCUCGUGGAUCACCACGCCCAAUGUUAAGGUCACCUGGUUUAUGUAGAUCAUAUAGUUAUGGAAGCAGAAACAGUUGGCGAGGCAGGAGAAGCCGGGAUGGAGAGAGGAGAUGUCUGGUACAGGAGUGUGGUAAAUCUCAGAGUGUAGAUUAUUAUGACGAUGAUGUAUUCACACCAUGUACACCCAUUCCAAACAGUCGGCUAGAUUGCAAUGGCCAUUUGCCAUUAAACAACCAACGAACAUUAAGUCCACAGAAUUCUAUAAAGCGUCAGCCAUUUCCAUCACCUCGUAACUCAUUAAAAAUUCGUAACAAUUCAGUCAGCAGCACACAGAGCGCCUGCAACUCAAUAUAUCUGAGUCGUCAGAACUCUUUUACUAGUCGUCGUACCAUGAACUCAUUGUCUUCCAUGACUGGUGUUAAGGAGGAUUAUAAGCAAAAUAAUCUGUCUGAAUCACCAACUGGUGAAGCUAAUACCCAACAUAUAUCUGACGUAGAAGAUGAGGAAGACCCUGAUGCUAUGGAUGAAACAAAUUGUUCUUGCUCCUGGUUUCCAGAACCAAGAGGGUGCUUCAAAACAAGACAAGAAUAUGCAUUAUAUGUCCUUAGUCCAACUAACUGUUUUAGAAAACUUUUACACCAUUGGAUGGCUCAGAAAUGGUUUGACAACUCUGUUUUAUUCUUCAUUGCUUUGAAUUGUAUCACAUUAGCUAUGGAACGACCUGAUAUACCUCCUAAAUCUGAUGAGAGACAGUUCCUGAACUAUUCAAACUAUGGCUUUACUUUUAUAUUUGCCUUGGAAAUGACAAUCAAGGUAUCAGCUAAAGGAUUACUAAUCGGUAAACAUGCCUAUUUUAAAAGUGGCUGGAAUGUGAUGGAUGGAUUCCUAGUACUUAUUUCCUUGACAGAUAUAUUUAUAUCCUUGUCAGCAUCAAGCAGUCCUAGAAUCUUUGGAAUUCUUCGUGUUUUCCGAUUACUACGAACAUUGAGACCACUCAGGGUAAUUAGCAGGGCACCAGGUCUUAAACUGGUUGUACAAACAUUAUUGUCAUCAUUACGACCCAUUGGAAAUAUUGUUCUCAUCUGCUGUACAUUUUUCAUUAUCUUUGGAAUAUUAGGAGUUCAGCUCUUCAAGGGAAGUUUUUACUAUUGUAAAGGACUGAAUGUGAGACAUGUUGUUAAUAAAACAGAGUGUUUAUCGGAUCCUCACAACAAAUGGGUGAACCAAAAAUAUAACUUUGAUGAUUUGGGCCAGGCCCUAAUGGCAUUGUUUGUGUUAGCUUCUAAGGACGGUUGGGUCAGCAUUAUGUAUACUGGACUGGAUGCUGUGGGAGUGGACAUGCAGCCCAAAGAAAAUUACAACGAAUGGCGUCUGAUAUAUUUCAUCUCAUUCCUGCUGCUGGUCGGCUUUUUUGUAUUGAACAUGUUCGUAGGGGUUGUGGUGGAAAACUUUCACAAGUGUCGAGAAGACCAAGAAAAAGAAGAGAGGGAAAGACGGCAGAAGAAAAGAUCACAGAAAAUGGAACAAAAGAGAAAGAGUGAGGAACCCUUUGGGGAUUUUGAACUGAACCGUCCAGCAUACUGGUCAAAUUAUUCCCCUUGUCGUCUGGUUAUUCAUCAAGUUGUCAACAGUAAAUACUUUGACCUUGCCAUAGCAGGAGUCAUAGGGUCAAAUGUCAUCACCAUGGCAAUGGAAUACUAUAUGAUGCCACCAGAAUUAGAAUUUGCAUUGAAGAUUUUUAACUACUUCUUCACAUGUGUGUUCAUUAUUGAGGCCACUAUGAAAAUAAUCGCUCUGGGAUUUCUUAGAUACAUCAAAGACAGAUGGAACCAGUUAGAUGUCCUCAUUGUCAUUUUAUCAGUUGUUGGAAUAAUUCUGGAGGAAAUGAAAACCAAUGUCAUUCCCAUCAAUCCUACUAUCAUCAGGGUCAUGAGAGUGCUUAGAAUAGCCAGAGUUUUGAAGUUGCUGAAGAUGGCCAAAGGUAUCCGAGCAUUAUUAGACACAGUGAUACAGGCCCUUCCACAGGUUGGAAACUUGGGCCUCUUGUUCUUUCUGCUGUUCUUUAUAUUUGCUGCUUUAGGUGUUGAACUGUUUGGCAGACUUGAGUGUUCUGAGGAGCAUCCAUGUGAAGGCUUAGGGUCACAUGCUCACUUCAAAGACUUUGGUAUGGCAUUCCUGACCCUCUUUAGAGUUGCCACAGGAGAUAAUUGGAAUGGUAUCAUGAAGGAUACAUUACGAGAGGACUGUGACCCCUCCAGUGAUUGUCUGAUGAACUGUUGUGUGAACUCUGUCAUUGCUCCGGUAUUCUUUGUGAUCUUUGUCUUAAUGGCCCAGUUUGUGUUGGUAAAUGUUGUCGUAGCUGUGCUGAUGAAACAUUUAGAGGAAACUUACAAAUACAAAGAAAUGGAUGAGGAGCUUGAAGAAGAAUAUCAACGUCAACUUAACAAAACUGUUUGCCCAGAUGUGAUUGAACUAAAGUUACAGGAAUCUCACAGAGUGAUGGCAGACGAUGGAGCUGAGGUUGGGGAUGGUGAAAAUAAUGAUGCUGAGGAGGGUGGUGAACAAAAGGAUGAUUCCAAAUUGUCUGAAAAAUCUACUGACCAGAAAUCAGUAAAGAUUCCAACACCUGUACCAGGAUACAUACGUCGUCUGAGAACUCCAGUCUCUAAACAAUUCUCACUGCCUCCUAGCUUUACGUUCUGUCCACCAAGCAACGAACAAUUGUCUGACCGUUCUGUAAGAAGUACUUUAUUAGUGCCAAUAGAUAUCAUGGUAUCAAGCUACAACAGUAAUUUAGAUGUGAGUCUGGAUGCUUCUGGAUCCAGUCUCGAAGUUCCAUUAACACCCUCAUAUUAUUCCGAUUCCUCAAGUUACACAGAGACAAACAUUGAUAACAGUAGUGAAAAUGUCAUUCCAAAAAUAGCAGAUGAACUGAAAAAGUCUGCUGCCCCAUCGCAAAGACAACGUCGGAGACUUGUCCGCCAAAAAGUAGUUAGUGAAAGUCCACCUGCUGUGGAUAAAUGUAUUUUAUUGAAUUUAUAUGAAUUGUCAGAAACAAAAAAGAAAAUUGGAUCAGUUUCUCAGUCUCAUCCGACAUUGCUUGUACAAAACAAAGAUGGUGGCAGCGGCCACAAAGGCUGUGAAAUUUGUAGAUGUAAAAUGUCUAACAUUAGCUGUCGGAGUACUGCCAAACACAAUCCACUACACAGGAGUCAAUCUAGUGGGGCAGAAAAAGUUAAAAUUAGAGACAAGCAUAUGUUGGCUCAGCGAAGAGGUGGACGGGAAAGACGUUCACGCAUUUAUAUUAGGAAUAUAUCUGAUGCAUCCAAUGCUAGCUCACUGACAAGGGACAAUAGUGUCUCGCAAUCUGAUAAAAAUGUAACUUUGUCUCCCGACAAUUCUGGUGAGUCUGCACCAUUGAAAAGUCCAUGUAGAAACCAUCCUCAUACUCGUGAUAAUACAUUAGAUUCUGGUUCUUUUGACUGGUCAGCAGAUGAAGCUGCAUGUGAUGAAGAGGUGCGUUUGAUUACUGGCACACCUCCAGAGACUGAGGAUGAGCAGGUAACUCCCCCAUGGACAAGGGAGGGUACUGCCAAUAAUGAAAGUUCUGUUUGUUCCACAGUGGUUCAGUCGGAAGCAACAUCUGCAAACAGUGAUAGAAUAAAUCCACCUAUGAAUUUGGUAUCCACGCCAACAAACAAUAUACAUCCUUGUCACUCAAUACCAAUGUGUCGUUCACCAUUACCACCAUCACACUUGUCUAUAGAAAUUCCAGAACAUUCGUCACAUCCGUCGUCCUCAUCAUGUUUAUCAUCAAAUUCUAAGAAAAAUUCACCAGACAAAUUAUUGUUACCAAAUUCAUCAUUGACUAUUCCUAGAUCACCAAAACCACCAAGACUGUCACCGUUGUUUCUUUCCAUUCCUGUCGUAGAAUGUCCAUCGAGUGAAGAUGGCAUAGAUCAAUCUUCCCUUUCUGUACCCCGAGUUAAUACCCCAGUGCCUUCUAGAAGUAGUGACAACAGUGUUUCCCAUAAUUCCAUUAGUCCCUCAGGAGCAGACGGACAUUGUGAUAUAUGUUUGGAAGACUCAGAUCAGAGCAAAACUGUGAUAAAACUGUCACAAGGUCACCUGACUUUAAGAAGACGUUUACAUUCAGCUGACUCUCAAGAUGAAACUUAAAAAAUGCAUACUUUUAUACUUUGAAGUCAAUUACUAUGUCUUACAUGAAAUCUGUUGUAAGAUUACACUUUCAAAAAGAAAAUUCUGAAAUUGGAUAGCUCAAUGCAAAUAAGGUAUUUGUAUUUCAGACAGUAAGUUCUGUACAGCAUAAAUAGGUCUACUUUUAUACAAUUUAUCUUCACCAUUUAGUGCUAUAUUUUUUUCCCACUAAGACCAUGCAGUUCCCAUAAACAUAGUUACAUUAUAUUUUUAUUAGAAUAUUCAUUAUUUUACUAUUUCUUGUGAUACAUUUUUUUCAAAUUAUUAUUGACACAUUUGUACAAAUUGUUCAUGCAAUCAGAAUUUUCAGUGCAGGGUAACUAAAAUGAAAAUUAUAUAUACUUGAUUUUAUGAGUUUGUUUGUUCAACCCAAAUGAAUCCAAGAGUAUUUUUGGGGAAGUUUUUAAAGAAGGAAAGUUAAAUUAUGAUAGGUAUACAAUAGAUCAUAGGGGCCUUGGUUGCAGAGUGGUCAAACUAUUGUAUCACUUGAGCCUGUCAACACUGAGGUUCAGAGUUUGAAUGUGCCAGGUGCUCCAAUCUUAAUUGACUAGGAUUACCAGUUUCCUGCCACUGUUAGAUUGGUAGUUCUCUUUUGAGUUACUCCGGCUUUCUUUACCAAAUAAAACUGACCACUGUGAUAGGGCCAAUAGUGCUGAAAUUGGCGUUAAACACCAAAAAACAAUCAAUAAAAAAAUAGAUAAUAUAGGGAACAAAUUAUUUAAUGUUUAAAUUAUUUACUUUAAAAACAUACACAUUUACAGUUUAAUACAUACAAAUUUACAUUGCUGAACAGUUUAUAUCGUCUUUCUCUGUAAAAUGUAAAAACCAUUAUCCAGUCAUUAAUCAUACAUAAUUCACAGAUCCAAUACACAAAACAGUUAGGGAGCAACUAUUCAACUUCAAGGGGGGUUACAUUUUUUUUUCCAGUUUUUCGACACUAUCAAUCAAAUUAUUUUUUUCAAAAUUUAACACUAUAAGGUAUUGGGAAAAUCUGGAUUCAGAACAAUUUUUUUUUGUCAUCUGCUUGACCACAAUAUUUAUUUUCAUCAAAUUGGGGAUCAGAAUAUUUUUUUAGAAAAAAACCAUAACACAUCUCCCCCUUGAAGUUAAAUGGUCAUUCCCUUAUAAAUGCACAUUACAGUACAUGAUUAGAUGUUAAAUUUGAUCCUCUCCAGACAAGAUUAUUCUUUUGGGUUGAACAAAACUUCUGUGUGAACGAUGUGAUAGAAUAGCUAAAUGUGAUUUUAAAAAGUGAUUAGUUCUUUUGUGAAAAAAUGGUUGAAUGUUUUAAUUGGUAGCAUUGUGAAUUUUCUUGUGAUAUGCUUGGUAUUAAGAUACCCAAAAGUACAACUGAACAUAAAGGAAUCUUGAAAUAAAUACAAUUUCUUUACAGGGUGUCACCAGGCACUGUGAAAUCCCUUCAAAAUGUUUUUUUGUAUAUGAACAUUCUUAUAACCCAUUCUAGAAGGUCUUAUAAAGAUAGAAUUUAAUUCUAAAAUUGUAAUUAUGAUUUAAGAUGAGUUAUUUCCCUUCUUGGUAAGAAGCUCUGGUUCUUUGCCCUUCUUGGUAAGAGACACAGGUACCUUGUCCAUCUUGGUAAGAAACGCUGGUUCCUUACAACAAUGAAAAGCAAAUUAUUUGUUAAUGUUCAUGUAAUGAAUUUGCUGUCCACUAAUUUUUCAACUUUUAUUAAAAAAAAUCUUUUAACUUUCAUACAUCUAGUCAAAUUUAAUCAUAAUACUAAAAUAUUUGUAUGAUUUGUAAAAACUAUACAUGUAUAUCUAUUUUUCACCAUUACCCCUUACAGUGGCAUGAUGCAACCAAUACAUUGUGCCAGACAUGUGAAUUUCAGAAAAAGACUCUUGUGAUUCAUGAGAAAUAAGUCCGUAGUUUAACAGGUCAUUUAACCUGCAACUCCUUUUAAAAAAAGUCAAUAGAUUCACACUUCAUUUUGGCUAUAGACUUUUGUACUGGUAUUGAUCAAGUAUGAGUUUUUAAAAUCUGUCAAUCUGAAAUAAGAAAUUUAUUUUAGAACUCUGCAAAUCACAGUCUGGGGUUAGAACAACUCAUUUACAAUAAAUUUGCUAUCUGACCAGAGAUUCCAGAUAGUUUUUGUGUAUAUACAAUUUGUUUGCUAAAUAAAAUUUCAAACAAAAACAGCAAUGAACAUUCCAUUUCUUAACUUACUAGUAUAAAAAUUUGUAAUCCUUUUCUUCUAUUUUUACUUUAUUUGUUUAUGAUAAUGUCCCCACAAAUAUAAGUAAUAUAACCUCACAAGUGAAACCUUCUUUGUAAAGUUUAUAGUUAAAGGGUUUAUUUGGGAAUCUGAUGGAAAAAUCAUUUCUGUUGUAAGUGAGAUUAUGUAUGCAGUUUGCCAAUGCAGAAUUUUUUUCGUUUAUUUUUUUCUUUUGGACAGAAAGUUUUUGAUAUCGUGAGACAAAAAGUGAUUGCUUUGCAAAUGUCAUUUGGUCAACUGGCCCAAAAUGAAGGUUAGUCAGACGAAAGUUUUGGAACUUGAAAUUGAGGUAUUGUGGAAUAGACUUUCUGUCCUGUUGUCUUCUGGGUAUUGGAAUACCUUUUGUGUUUACACUUUGUGAUAUUUUUACUUAUCAACCAUUUAAUGGUCAUGUAUGGAAUUACUAUUGUAGGUAAUGUGUUUUUGAUUUGUAUUUAUUUUUUACGCUAGAAUACAUUCUUUAUCACUUAUAAACAUUGUUAUUACAUAUAAAGCAUUAUUUUGAUGUAAAGAAAAAAUCGAAGAAUAAGAACCCAAUUGUUGUUUUGAUAUCUGAUUUCUUAAAUUUUGAAGGAAUGUUCCGGAAAAUCUGCAUAAAUUUUGAGAGAUUUAAAAGGUGAAAUUUGAAAGAUGUUUCAAACAAAAAAAAGUAAACAGAAUGCAGUGAGAGUUUGCACUUUUCCAUUGGUGAACCUCAAAAAUCUUUUUUUCUGUGUUUCUUUAAUUACAUCUGUGCUUCAAUUGUAAACCUAUCUUACCAUAUGUAUUCAUUGUCUAAAGUCUUUAAAAAUAGAACAAACAGAUUAAAGAUUACGAAUGUCGCUAACUUCUGUUUACUUAUUCAAAUUUGUUUAUUUGAAAUCUGAAAUGAGUUAUUUUUUUAAUUAUAUCAAUUAAUUAUACAUAUCUAUUGGAAAUUUUUCUUGUUUUUUUUUGUAUUGCAUUAUUAAUUUAUUUAUUUUCUUAUUACGAGUCUAUUGUUUUGAACAUGUGAAAAACUGUGAUUUGUUCAUUCUAUAAAUUAUGCAUUUUAUGUAUGAAUCAUGUUAGAAUUGUAUGUGUGAAUGCAUAUAAAUUUUACUGCAAUCGUUAAAUAGACAAUUUUUUUCUUACAUCAGAAUUUUUUCAUUGUUAUAUUAUCCACAUUGUAUAUUAAAAAGCACUAAUUUAUCUAUA